AUGUCUGACUUCAAAAUUAAAAGUGGGUUUGCCCAAAUGUUGAAAGGUGGUGUCAUUAUGGAUGUGGUAACACCAGAACAAGCAAUAAUUGCUGAAAAAGCUGGUGCUUGUGCUGUUAUGGCAUUGGAAAAAAUCCCAGCCGAUAUGAGGAAAACAGGUAGUGUUUGUAGAAUGUCUGAUCCAAAAAUGAUUAAAGAAAUUAUGGAGUCUGUGACAAUUCCUGUCAUGGCGAAAGUUAGAAUCGGUCAUUUUGUAGAGGCACAGAUAUUGGAGACGUUAGAAGUCGAUUGCAUUGAUGAGAGUGAAGUGUUAACUCCAGCCGAUUGGACACAUCAUAUUGACAAGAAAAAGUUCAAGACUUUAUUUGUUUGUGGUGCCAAGAAUUUGGGGGAAGCUCUAAGAAGAAUCAACGAAGGUGCUGCAAUGAUUAGAACAAAAGGUGAAGCAGGCACUGGUGAUGUUUCUGAAGCUGUGAAACACAUAAACCAGAUUACAAGAGAAAUAGAAUCUUUGAAAGAUUUAUCAACUUCUGAAUUAGAGAUUAGAGCGGCAGAAUAUAGAGUCCCAGUAGACUUGUUGAAAGAAGUAGCUUCUAAAAGAUGUUUACCAGUUGUUAAUUUUGCAGCUGGUGGUGUUGCAACUCCAGCAGAUGCUGCUUUACUGAUGCAAUUAGGCUGCGAUGGUGUUUUCGUUGGCUCUGGUAUAUUCAAAUCAUCGAAUCCAGAAAAAUUAGCAAAGGCCAUUGUAGAAGCUACAACAAAUUAUAAUGACCCACAAAAAUUGCUAGAAGUAUCUAAAGACUUAGGCGAUCUAAUGCCCGGUAUCUCAAUUGGAUCUAUCCCUACAAAACCAGGACAUUCUUCAGACAAUAACAAAAGAUUAUCUGAGAUUGGUUGGUAA